AUGGAUCCAGUAAUUGUAAUAGCAACUGAAGAGCUUGGUUUAUUAAACCAAUGUAUUACUAAGCUUGAAGAUAAGAAUGCUAAGUUUAAAGCUAAAAAUGCAAAACUUAAACAUAAGAAUACAAAAUUAAAACUGAUUAUAGAAGAAAAUACUGAGUUUAAAGCCAAAAUUAUUAAGCUAAAAUAA